AUGACUGAAAUUCAACAAGUAAUUACCACCUUGCAUGACCAGUUUACUCUCAAAGUGCUAGGAUUUGUCAUGAGUUGCUUCCUAGGCUUUGAAGUUCAUAGAUCUAAUGAGUCCAUUACUCUCACUCAACAAAACUAUGCAAGAGAUUUGUUAACAACUACUCAAUUACUGGACUCUAAACCUCAACGUACUCUUAUGUGCUCCACAUCCGAAUCGUUCCCUAAGAUCGACACUCCAAUGCAAAACCCCACAAUGUACAGAGGUGUUAUUGGAGCCUUACAAUAUUUCACAAUGACCAGACCAGAUAUUACUUUUCAUAUGAAUCGAUUAAGCCUGUUCAUGCAAUCUCUAACUUUUAAUCAUUGGAGUGCUUGCAAACAUGUUCUCAGGUACCUAGCUGGCACAUUUGAUAUGGGGUUAACAUUCAAUGUAGCUUACAGUCUCAAUUUACAAGGAUUUAUUGAUGCUGACUGGGCAGGGUGCUAUGAUGAUCGCAAAUCAACAUCUGGUUACUGCAUUUUCAUUUGUGGUAAUCUCAUAAGUUGGUGUUCAAAGAAGCAAACAGUGAUUGCAAGAUCGAGCUUAUAA